AACCAAUGUUUGUCGAAGGUUCGGAUGAGUUCGAUGGCAGUGGUUGGGACGGAUUGAUUGACGAAAAUUGGGCGUUCUCGUGGAUGACACCAGCAGUAGCAGAUCCUUGCCAUGUUUGAAUCCUGCUCGCUUGCUGCAUUCUAGCUUGGCGUUCUGUUUGUCCACCAAAAAGAUUUAAAGGCUCGUUCAUUGCCGUGUGUCUCGGUAUGGACAGAUCUGAUGCCUGACAGUCAGCAGUCGCAUUGUUUUGCCCCAAGAAUUGCGGUUGAGUUUCUUCGUAGUACGAAGAAGGAGUGCUAUGAUGAGUGCUGUGGUACCCUCUUGAUGGAUCAUCGGAUGGACGAUAUCCUCUCGAUAGAUCUUCGGGUGGACCCACGAUUGCUCUAUUCAAAGCAUGGGGUCUUCCGUAGAACUGAUUAUCUAAUCGUGACGAUCCGACACCGCGUCGUUCAUUGAUUUCGUGGUAUUGAUCUUGCUGCUGGGUGGCCGCUUUAUCGGCGGGUGUGUCAAUCAUGGUCAGCAAUGCGGAUGCCAUCAUCGAAAGUCCAUCGUCAUCCUCCCCCGGAUGAAGUCGAGCCCUCGGAACAGCGCCGGUUGCAUUGCCAUGAACGUUGUCUCUGGGGUUUGGGUUACGGUUACCUCCGUAUGACAUGGCAGAAGCCAUCGACGAGCUUCGAGGACGUCCGGCAAUUCUCUUAUCCAGCGCGCUGUGGACGCUGGCGCUUCUGCGCAUUUCGUCUUCCUGCGUGGAGAGACUCGAUGAACGGGUUCUUGUGUGAUCAAAAGAGGAAGACCGAUGACCUCUCCAAGUUGACGGUCCAGUAUUCGAUUCAUAGCUAUGAUUGCCGGCACCAUCGCUUUGCAUGUUUCCUGUAGAGACUGAACCAGGUAGGUUGUAUCCAUUGCUCGGAUUGCCGCUGGACUUUCGAUUAUUCCAAAGCGAACCUGAAGAUAUGUCAAGAUUGUCAUUGUUCGAGAUAGAAGCUUCAAAAGAGGACGCGAUUGAUGUAGAUGAUGUAGACGAAGCGAUAGUACCAGUACCGGGACUUGUAAAGUCCUUGCCCACAAUCGACACUACAUGUGCCGGGGUGUUUCCGUCUAGGGACAAAAACGUAACGGUACCAUCCGCAACCACAAAGUGUCCUUGCUGCAUAGAUCCUGGAGGUAGGGCGGUGACGUAGUGCACUUUCGGCGCGCUGCGGUGAUCCGGUUGCUGCCUGCUGUUCGCACCAUUGUUUCGGCCGUCUUCGAACGUGUUUCGGUUGCGGCUGGCAUUGAGAGGGUGGUGAUAUCGACACGUAGCUCCGUACUUACACCGACCGUUCUUGAGGAAGAAUAUACAGUUCGGCUCGUCUGGCCUCUGGGGUAGCAUCUGGGCACCCGCGUCGCUUCCGUUUCGCCACAUUUGUGAUGAAUUAGAUCCCCCAUCGUCCUUGCGCCCACCGCCCGGCACGCCAAUAAGCACGCUAUUGUUUCCGUUGAUUGCAAUUGAAGUUCCCUUGCCCGCUACCUCGGGUGGAUGGUGGAAUUUGCAUGCCUGUCCAAACUUGCAAGUACCGUGUUUCAUGUAGUACUGACACACAGGCUCAUUGUACCGUAUUGGAAACAGAGGCUCGGAUGGAUUGAUUGGCGCCUUCAUUCCUCCUCCACUUUGCACGUUUAGUGGAUGGUUGUACUUGCAAGAGGCACCAUACUUGCACCUUCCGGUUCGUAAGUAGUCUCGGCAAUCUUCCUUGGCCUGCUCGUUUUUAUUCGGGACAACCCUGCACCUGACAUCACUUAUUGAGGGCGACUGUGAGUAUGGCGAAGGGACCGACAUAAUGUGCUGUAUCGUGGUAUGGUAGGAAUUAAAUCCUGGUAGGAAUACAAGCAAAAAUGCCUCAGUUCUUGCGGCUCCUGCUGAUUUUCACAGCAGUACCGGUUAUAUCCGUUCGCCCUUUUUCUUCCAGUCUCUGUUGUUGGAGACUUAGUGCCAAGUAUUCUUUGGUAUUCAAACCUGCGUCUGUUCCUGAUUCCUUCGUUUUGAGCAGUAUUGUAUCUUGUUGGAACGAGGGAGGAAAUGAUCGAAGAAUCUCUCCAAAUUCAAUCGAAGAAAUUCGCCUCUAUACCGCGCAAAAUCGCGAGCAAACCCCACUCAGGAUGCCACGAUCAAAAAUUAUCGCCGUGAUAAAAUCCGCGAUGCUGUUGCGGUAGUAACUUCGAUACCGAUCGGCGAAGUUGAUAGUUGAAGCUGACGGAGUUCAAAUAGAAUUGAUCUCCAAGAAGUCCCUUGCUGCUUUUCCGCUCUGAUGGACUUGCCACAAUGAUGCCGCAACGAACUAGUUUCAUUUGGUUCUAGAAAGAAUGUAUCGUCAUUUCUGUGAGUGACUUUGUAGCACUACCGUGUUGUUGGGAAGGAUACCCGGGUACGGCAAAGUUGUACUCGUACCGAACUCUUCCUUACAAACACUACGGGACGAUACGCUAAGAGCACUGGUACAAAUACCCACUCUCCCGAAGAGCGAAGACAGAUUGAAAACCUCCCUGGAAAUUGCCGAAUUUUUCGUCGUCAUUUCUCGUUUCUUCUCCAUCGUUCUCAUGACGCGCGCGUUCAUAAGCGUGCAUUAUACGUGUCUGAUAAGUUCCGUGUCUUCCAUCCGCAACACCACAGUAGAGCAUAUAUUACGGGUAACAAGACGUUAUUUUUUCAUACCGGUCGGUUUGGGCAUACAUGAACAUACCGGUACACGUCGAGAAAGAGCAAGCCAAAAAACUGUCUCUUGAAGUUGUGAGCUGUAGUAUUCUUCUGUGGAGUUUCGAUCAAGCUGCUUUUUCUUUUUUGACUGCAAUCACGAGGACGUCGUACACUACGUAGAGCAGCGCAAUGGCUUCCCAUCAGGCUAUUUGAGGCCACUCAACAGUGGGAACAAGUUGAGUUGUACCCGUACCGAAACGCGACGAGCACGAGGAGUAGAAGUUCAAAGUCUCCCAAAAAAAUUCUACUGGUACGAGUACUUGAUUUCGCGGCCGGGUGUUCAGGUCUACUCAUACUCAGCAACUGCUCGACGUUUGCAGAGCUUCCUCGCUUUCCUUCUGUCUGUUAUUGAUCGUGGCGCAUUUUCCACCUUGCACUCAAGACUGUGCCUGAAGCCACGAUAAAUAACAGACCGAAGG